CUUGAAAGUUCACACAGAAGAAGAAUCAGAAUGGCACUCAAUCAAGAGUUAGAAGCUGUCACCAAAGCUUUCUCAGGGCAUGGGGUGGAUGAGAAAACAUUGACAACAAUAUUGGGAAAAUGGGAUCCUCUGGAGAGAGAAUCUUUCAGGAAGAAGACACCACAUUUCUUCAGUGAGGAUCAUGAACGCCAUUUUCAGAGGUGGGAUGAUCACUAUGUCCGUCUUCUCAAGCAUGAAUUCGUCCGUUUUAAGAAUGCUGUGGUGCUUUGGACCAUGCACCCUUGGGAAAGAGAUGCCCGUUUAGCAAAAGAGGCACUAAAGAAGGGUCCAAGUUCAUAUGGAGUGCUGAUUGAGAUAGCAUGCACAAGAUCCUCAGAAGAACUUUUGGGAGCUAGGAAGGCCUACCAUUCACUCUUUGACCACUCCAUUGAAGAAGAUGUUGCCUCUCACAUCCAUGGCAUCGAACGAAAGCUCUUGGUUGCACUUGUGAGUGUCUAUAGAUAUGAAGGAUCAAAGCUUAAAGACGACACUGCAAAAUCAGAGGCCAAAACUCUUUCCAAUGCGGUGAAGAAUGCUCAUAAGAAGCCUAUUAUUGAGGAUGAUGAAGUAAUAAGGAUAUUGGCAACAAGAAGCAAGCCACAUCUCCAAGCAAUUUACAAGCACUAUAAAGAGAUAUCUGGCAAUAACCUUGACGAGGUAUUAGACACUACUAAAGCACCAUUACAAACUGUGCAAUGCCUUUGUACCCCGCAAAUAUAUUUUAGUAAGGUUUUGGAUGCAGCAUUGAGAAUUGAUGUGCAUAAGAACACUAAGAAAGCACUUACUCGUGUGGUUGUUACUCGAGCUGACAUUGAUAUGAAGGAGAUAAAGGCUGAGUACCAUAACCUAUAUGGAGUUUCUUUACCCCAGAAAAUUGAAGAGACAGCUAAAGGGAACUACAAGGAUUUCUUGCUAAACUUGAUUGCUAGAGGAAACUAAUUGAAGAAAUUGAAUUGAGAACAAUCCCGAAUUUGAGAUUUUAAUUUCUAUCCCCUGUAUUGUGUUUCCACCCAAAUUUAUGUAGUUUGUUGCUGAUCUUUUUCUCUGCAUGAUGCAUCACUCUUGUAUGAUUAUUGUCACAUGAGAAUAAAAAAAAGUAUAAUCAAAUAAAACUGUU